GAUCACGUGAUAAAUAUUAUGCAGACGUGAGGUUUCGCGCCACAUUGAAAAACCAGCUAAGCAUUUUGUAUAAACUACUAAAAUGCCUGUUGGACGCCCAAGUCGGAAGGCAAAAGAGAGUGGUAAAGAGUUGCAGGCAAGAAUCCAGGCAGAGCAGGAUGAAGGUCUUGACACAUCAAAUGAAAAUAUAGAACAGCAGGCUGAUGUAUCGUUUGAACAGGAUGUUCCACCUUCAGAAAGCAGUGAUUUUGAGGAAGUCCCUAAAAAGAAAAAAAGAGGAGGACCUAAGAAAGAUGGGGGACCAGCUGCUAAACGAGGAAAAACAACCCCUGCUGCUAGGAACAGAAAAGUAACUGCUCAGGAUGAUGAGGUUGGGGACGGAAGUCUUUUUGAAAUUGUUCGUGGAGGCAGAGCAUCAUUACAGGCUGUUGUGGAUGACUGGAUAGAGUCAUACAAAAAUGACCGUGAUGCAGCUUUACUGGAGCUCAUUCAGUUCUUCAUCCAGUGCUCGGGGUGCAGAGGAAAGAUAACUCCAUACAUGUACGCCAAUAUGGAGCACGCUGAAAUCAUCCGUAAAAUGACUGAAGAGUUUGAUGAAGAAAGUGGAGACUACCCACUGAUUCUUACUGGACCCCAGUGGAAGAAGUUCAAGAGUGCGUACUGUGAGUUCGUCCAGGUGUUGGUGCGGCAGUGUCAGUACAGCAUCAUCUACGACCAGUACAUGAUGGACAACGUCAUCUCACUACUCACGGGACUCACCGACUCACAGGUCCGUGCCUUCAGACACACAAGUACUCUAGCAGCUAUGAAGUUGAUGACAGCAUUGGUUGAUGUUGCAUUGAAUCUCAGCAUUAACCUCGACAACACACAGAGGCAGUAUGAGGCAGAACGAGGCAAACAACAAGCCAAGCGCGCCAAUGACAGACUUGACUUGCUCAUGACAAAACGACAAGAGUUGGAGGAGAACCAAGCUGAAAUCAGAAACAUGCUGACGUACAUCUUCAAGGGCGUGUUCGUUCACAGAUACAGAGAUACACAACCAGAAAUUCGAAGUAUAUGCAUUUCAGAAAUUGGAAUAUGGAUGAAAAAGUAUCCUAAUAUGUUCUUGGAUGAUGGCUACCUUAAAUAUGUUGGCUGGACUUUGUAUGACAAGGUUGGCGAUGUUCGGCUGGGAUGUUUACGCACCUUGGCACCUCUGUACGAGAGUUUUGAUCUUUCGGGAAAACUGGAAUUGUUCACCAACAGAUUCAAGGAUCGAAUUGUUGAAAUGACGUUGGACAAAGAAUAUGAUGUGGCAGUACAAGCUGUGAAAUUGGUUAUUUGUAUACUCAAAUGUAAUGAGAAUGUAUUGUCUGACAAGGACUGUGAGAACGUCUAUGAGUUGGUGUAUUCGUCUCAUAGACAAGUGUCGCAGGCUGCUGGGGAAUUUCUCAGUACAAAGCUGUUUAAGCGCGAAGACGACGAAGUUCAGAACUUGAGAACAGCCACUGGGAAAAAGCGAAGUCCUAAUACACCGCUGAUCAGAGACUUAGUGUUGUUCUUCAUAGAGAGUGAGCUUCACGAGCAUGCGGCUUACUUGGUGGACAGCCUGUGGGACAUUCAUGACAUGAUGAAGGACUGGGAGUGUAUGACUGAUCUCCUCCUGGAAGAACCAGGCAAAGGAGAAGAAGCCCUGGAUGAUAGACAGGAGACAAGUCUGAUAGAAAUCAUGGUGUGUUGUGCGAGACAAGCCGCCACUGGGGAAUCUCCUGUCGGCAGAGGUGCAACAAGGAAGCACACAGCUAAAGAAAACAAAAUAACAAUGGAAGACAAGACAAAGUUAACAGAACAUUUCAUUGGAACACUUCCAAACUUGCUGCUAAAGUAUUUGAUGGAUGCUGAGAAGGUGGCUAACCUCCUGUUAAUUCCACAGUACUUUGAUCUUGAUAUUUACACAGCAAGCCGACAGGAGAAGAAUCUGGAGAGUUUAUUGAGAUAUCUGCAUGAAAUUGUUGAAAAGCACACAGACACAGAGGUUUUGGAGGCGUGUUCUAAGUGCUUUGAGUGUCUGUGCAGUGAGGAGUAUGCGAUUGCGGGCAAGUGUGACGUAGCAAGAAAGACACUGAUCGAUAGUCUGGUGGUUAAACAUCGUGAGGCCAUGCAGGACUUCUUCACAGAGGGAGAGCAGCCAGAUGAGGAGGAAAUGUUCGCACUACUUGCCAGCUUGAAAAGAAUCUCAGCAUUUUACGGUUGUCAUGACUUGAGUAGUUGGGAAGUGUACGACAGCCUGUUUCAAGUGGUGAAAAGUGCAAAUGAAAAAUCAGCCAUCCCCGAUGAGAUUACUUGCAAGGCUAUGGGUGCAUGUCAAAAUGCAAUUCUGUGGAAUCUACAAAAGUUGAAUGAAAAUGAUCCGAAAAAGGAUCAGAGGAAACAAGUAAAGAAGCGUCUUGCGAACCUGAUGAGACACUGUCAGGAUCUGAUGAUGUAUCACCAGCAGGACAAAGUGGCAGAAGAAGCAUACAUCACGAUCUGCGACCUGUUGGUUAUCUUCAGCAGACACCUGGGUGACAACCAAUUACUCCAGCCUCUUGUGUUCGAACCGGACAAAUCUCUGCAAUCUCAACUCAACAAUUUCCUCAUGGAUAAAGUCUUUGUCGAAGACGAUGAUGAUGAAGUAGAUGAAAAUGUGAAAAUCGAAGAGCUGCAUAAACGGAGAAACUUUCUGGCAUGUUUUUGCAAGCUGGUUGUUUACAAUAUUGUUGGAAUUAGGAUUGCUGCCGACAUGUUCAAGCACUACAUGAAGUUUUACAACGACUAUGGUGAUAUCAUCAAAGCGACACUGAGCAAAUCAAGGGAGAUUAACAAGAUAUCAACUGCCAAAACACUCGCGCUCAGUCUUACUCAGCUGUUUAAAGAACUACAGGAAGAGCAGGGUAUAAUCUCCAGAUCUUCGGAUGCAUUCCAAUCUAUAAAGGAAUUGGCUAGGAGAUUUGCUCUGUCUUUUGGUCUUGAUCAGGUUAAAAACAGAGACGCUGUUGCUGCCAUGCACAGAGAGGGUAUAAUCUUCAGUUUACAACCCUUGGAUCACCAAGACCCGGCUGUCCCACCGUCUAACCUGUCAUUCCUUGAGGUUCUCUGUGAGUUCACCAAUAAACUGAUGAAACAAGACAGGAAGACAGUUGUCAACUACCUGGAUAAACAUAUUCACCUGCCAGGAGGUCUGGUUGCGGCUCGGUCGGAGGAGUGGCAGCCUCUGUACACGUACCGCAACAGCUUGGUACAGGGCGAGGGGGAGAUCCACCCCAUCACGCUGAAGGAGGCCACCAAACGCAGAUACGGCAAGAGGAAAAACAUCUCCAGUACUGAUAUCGAUGGUAGUCACGAUAGCACGUUUGAUCCUAGCACACCGGGUCCUAUGAGUGUUCCACCGCUGACGUCAACGGCCGUCAAACGGAGACGAGUUGAUGAACUCUCCAAUCAGGGAUCUGAGCAGGAUUUUGAGGAUACCCAGCAGAUUUCACAGGUGACUUCGUGGAUGAAUCAACAGAAGCGAGAUGCUCAGCACCACACUGAGGUAGACUACGCCAGAGGAAGACCAGCACAACAGCAGCAGCAGCAGCAGAAUUUUGCCCAGAGUGAGGGAGAGACAAGUAGUAGCAUUGGAGAGUUCUCCAGUCCUGUGGCCACACCACAGCCACACGGAUACUAUCAACAACAACCUCGACAGACACGACAACAGCAGCAACAACAGCAGCAGCAGCAGCAGCAGGGUCAGUUCUAUGGUGGACUGUUUGAAGAUGAAUCCCAGUACAUUGAAGAAGGAAGUUCUGAUGUGAGCAGUAGCAGAACCAGCUAUUGAUGAAGAAAGCUUCAAAAGAUUUGGUUUUUUCUUUGUGUGUAAACAUUGAUCAGGUAGCCCAAAGGUCUGCCGUUGUCUUACAACAAAAGAUCACUUGAAAAUUAAAAUUGCUUAGCAGCUGUCCCUAAUUCAAAUGUUUAAUGAAAACAAAAUGCCUUUUUACUGAUUUCAUUGUUAAUCCACAUCAGGGUACUACAUGUACAACAACGGUGUGUUCAUGAAGCUGGGUGCUCUAAAAAAAAAACCUGACUGCUACCAUCAUCUACUAUCACAUAUAUUCAUCUAACAAUAGGUGCAAAAACCAGUCUAACAAAUGAUUGCGAUCACUCAUGCGCCCGUGCCUGAGCCAAAACAAAUGUUGAGGAAAUAGUAAUUUGCUUCAGUUAAAAUGCACUUUGCUUUGUCUAAUGUCAUCAUCAGUGAUCAUGGUUAAAAGAUAAAAUUAAUGCAAAAGAGAAUUGGUACUUAUAAAAAAUCAUUAUGAAAUAUGCACGGUUUCUGUUCUAUACAACUCAGUAUGACUUCAUAAAUUAACAGGACUCAUUAGUUUAGAAGAUUAUUUAUUGGUCCAUGAAUUCCACUGAUUCAUAAUUUUUAGCUUGAGCUAUAUUUGAUAGCUCAAAAUAAUGUUUAGUACUGUAUGUUGUAUGAUUUCGUUACAUUUGGUAGUUUGUAUAUUUAAGCAUGGUGUAUUAUAAUUCAAUAACAUGCAAUUUAUGUUGUGUUCGAUAACUUUUGUUUGAUAUGUGUUUGUAUAAUGUGUUUUUAUCAUGGUUUAAUUCAAGAUAAAUUGUAGUUCACUAAACAUAUGAUAUACCAUAAUGUGUUAUUAUGAAAUACAUUUGCUGACAGUAGUUUAUGUUGUUUGACAAUGUAUUUGUCUGGCUAUAGUUUAAUAUUUAUUACAUUCCUAUUCAUUCUUACUAUAGUGAUAAAGACAUUUUCAAAUUAUAUGAUAAAUUUAACUUGUAUCACACAUAUGUGUGAUCUGGACCGAAACUUGUAAAUGGGGAAUUCCCUUUUUAUUUUUACUGGAGUUGGCGCCUUUUUGUUACUGACAUCAUGUAUGAUUUACAAUUUAUGUCACAUUUUAUUUGAAACAUACAAGAUUAUGAUUCUUAACAUUGAGUAAAGUCAUGAAAGGAGGAUUGAUUAAUAGAAUUAAGACUGUAGUGAUGACGUUAAAUUAAAAAACAUUUUUGUGAAAAAUAAAAAAAGGUAUGUAAUACAGAACUUAACAUAUGUUCUUUUUGCUUCCUAUUUAUUGCACAAGUUUAUUGUUUAUUUAUGCGAUCUCAUGGUAUAUAUAUUAUUGCGCAAAAUAAAUUUGUCCAAUAAAUAGGAAGCGAAAACAAUGUAUGUGAAGUUCUGUAUAUGUAUUCAUAUCUGUAUAUGUAUUUAUAUAACUGAUAUUUAUCAUGGAGUAUGGAAGACAAAUUAAUUAUAGUGGACUGAAUGGGUAUCAUACUGUAAUAUUGGUUGGUUUAUCAUGGAGUCCCAUUUGCUAACAAUAGAACUUUUGUGUUGUGUUUAUGUGAUAAUGCAAAAAUCUUGUAAGAAUGUGAUUCCAUAAUGUAAAACUCUUGUAAGAGUGUAACUUCAUAUAUGGAAAUGUACUACAAGUUGUAACUAGUACAACUGACCUAUUGUUUGCGAACACGGUCAGUAUUGGAAAUAUUUUCAAAAUGAGGCUGUAAGAACAUUUUAUCAAUGAGGUUAGUAAUCCAAGAUGGUAGACUGACUACGAGAGAAAAUAUUAUUCAUUCUGAAUAACUGAUUUCUGUGGUGGCUGGUGCAUGGCAGUUGUGAAGUAAGUUGUAUAUAACUAUAACUUUCUUUCAACCAAACAUGCAGAGAGCUAUUUAUAUUAAAAAAAAAAAAUUAAAAGUGACGGGCUAUAAAAAGAAUAACCAACUAGCUCCAAGGAGUUAAGAAAUUAUCUGUCCUAAAUGAAUGGAUGUUGCAAAACCCUUACGAACAGAUAAUUUGUAAUUUCAUCGUAGCUAUUCUCUAAAUACAUAUAUUCACAAGUAUUUUUAGAUUUGUUUUUUUCUUCAAAAGCUCACGAGUGAAUGUACACUGAGCUGCAUUUAGAUGCCUCCCUACAAGUAGUUUGUGUCAGCAGAUUCAUCUUCGGCAGUUUUAUUACUCUAGCCUCUACUGUUAAAGGCUUUGACCAAUAUCCAGCUCUGGGUCAUUAUUAUUGAGACUGUCAUGCAUGCUAUCUCAAUACAUCAAGGAAUGCACCACAAAUUUAAAUACAGUUGAAUCCCAUUGGCUCGGUGCUCAAGAAAGUGUUUGACUCAUUGAGUAGUUUGACCUAACCAUUCGGUUAACAUUGUUUAAGUGUAACUCAGGUCUUCAUUUUUGGCUCGAGCAUUGCAGUGUAUUUGACCCUCCCAAGUUCAAUCCAACAAGAUUCUACUGUAAAUAAUAUUAAAUUAGAAUAAGAGUGGUCUUAAUGUACCGUACUCAGCUAAGUUUGACAAAAAAUGGUUUAGCACCCUCUGACUAAUAGGUUGGCAUUAGUUUUGCAUGAAGAACUGAUGAAUAUUUUACAUUUUAAUAUGUCAUGUACAAUAUCAUCUGUUAUUUCUCUAUACAUGUGUUUAUCAUUUAUAUUCAGUGCCAUCUAUCACUACUAUCACAUACAUGUAUGUAUAUUUGUGAGCAUGUUUGUCAUCUUUCUACUACUAGUAUGUAGGUCAGUCAUGUUUAUAUAUUUCUGUGUCAGUAGUAGAUUCAAGAUUUCUAUUUAAAUGCUUAAAGUUAAAAUGUUAAAUGGUUAAAAAAUGUGUGUAUGUUUGUGUUUGUGUGUGUGUGUAAGAGACAGAGACAGAGAGUAUAUGUGUGGCAACAGUUUAUUUCAAAAUUUAAUUUCAAAAGCUCAACAAUCUUAUAUGAAACGGACAGAAUUGUGAUAAUAUUUUGGUCAUUCCUCAAAAGUACUUUAGCUAUAUAUUGGAAGGUUUCUAAUGUGUGACCUCUUAGAUUUGCCACUGGUUCAUUAGAUAUUCUCCAUGAAGUACCUCAAUGUUUGAAUAAACUAUUUAUUCCAUU